GCCGACCAUCACAGCGAAGAGAGCAAGCCGUGCUCCUCUCUGCGCAGCGCCCAGCCAGUCGCGACUGAUUAUCUGGCUGCCAUAGACGAUUCUGCGGGUCGCCACACGCACCGAGUCGUAGACCUAAUCCGGACUUCGGAUCCGCGCACAGACCCAGCUGCCGUAGCGCGGACUCGGGCCUGCACACAUUCAUUGAAGCCGCUAUGUCAUUCUCCAUCAACCUCUUCAGCGCGUCGCCCCCGGACUCUCCCAAUCUGGACGGCUACGACAGCCCCGACACCGACAGCGAGGUCAAGCACGCGCCGCGCGACCUCCACCACAGCAUCGAGCGGCGUCCCUUCCUCGCUCCCGACUCUACUCCCUCGCCACCCCAACAAUUCCUCAUACCAUCCAUCGCCGGUGGCCAUUCAAACUAUUCCUCGAACGCGCCGUCGCCCAUACCCUCCCGAUCGACGUCGCCGCUUCCGCAGUUCUAUGCACCCAACGCGCUCACGACCUCGUCGUGCACGUCUGAUACGGACAGCGAGCCCAGCAGCUCGUACGGGCUCCGCCAACGCCAUGCGUCGUGGAGGGACCAAGACAGGAGACGAUGGUGGUCACUAUCGCGACGUCGGCGGAAGCGCGACGGCUGCCUCCUGCGCGUUAGCAAGAAGUGGGUCCGCUGGAUAUACAGGCACCCAUGUUUCCCCAAGCAGCCCUUGACCAUAAUUCUCGCACUGAUCCUCCUUUCCGCCUUCGCCAUCUUCCUCACACUGCUAAUCAUGUAUAUUUUAAACCCCGACAAGGAGCCCUUGCCUUGGCGCGCAUAUUGCUCCGUCCCCCCUCCGCAGUACUUUCCGUCCGACACCUCGCCCGCGCACUUGCCCCUGGGCCACGGCUACGUCUUCCCUCCUGACAACCUCGAUGACAUACCACCUGUCGGCGUCUUCGUUGGUGUCUUCUCCGUCGACUCUGCUUUCGAGCGACGAAUGCUCGUACGGACGACAUGGGCCAGUCAUCCGUCGAGUAGGGAAGGCGCUGGCGAGGGAGACGGCGGCGAAGGCACCUCGCGUACCGUCGUACGCUUCAUCCUCGGCCAACCGCGCAAGGACUGGGAACAGCAAAUCCGAUUGGAAAUGGAAAUGUACAACGACAUCGUCAUCCUUCCCAUGGCUGAGAACAUGAACUCUGGCAAGAGCCAUGUCUACUUCUCGUGGGCGGCGAUCAACGCGUGGGUGCCACCCCUGUACAACUCAAACUACUCUGUUGCUCGACCAUACUUCUCCUAUGCGAACUACACCGCGCCGCCACCACCACUUGCGCCCCAUGACUCCCCCCAGGCCUGGCGAGAUCAGUCGUUGACCUCGGGCGAAUUCCGGCCAUGGGUCCGCCCGGACUAUGUUGUCAAGGUCGAUGACGAUUCCUUCGUCAUGCUCGCAGAGCUGGAGUCGCGCUUGCGAGUUGAGCUGCACGCCAAAGCGGAAAUUGAUCACACACACGACAACGACACCGCUUCCUCCUCGUCAUCUUCGUCACCCUACGCCCCUUCCACCGGCGCUCCAACCAACGCGUCCACCGCGACCACCCUAUCGAAACGCGAUCUCAAUUUGGCGCAUCGGAUGCCAUCGAACUGGCGCUUCGCCAGCCACUCACAGGAUCCGUUGAUCUACUGGGGCUACCUCGUGAAGAACCGGCUGCACCAGUUCAUGGCAGGGGAGCUGUACGCGCUCACGUGGGCGCUUGUCGAUUGGGUUGCGAAGGACCCGACGGUGAAGACGAUGACGCGCGGGGCGGAGGACAAACAGACGGCGAAGUGGAUCAAGUCGCACCCUCAGGCGGACGAGAUUCGCUGGGCGAGCGAACGGUGCUACAUGUAUGAUCACCCGCGAGCCGGUACUGUCUACGCGCAUGGAUUCCUCUUCCCCUCCGAAGUCUCUCGGGUGAAGCGCAGUAUCAUGGACUUCCCGGAACAUACGCCAGAGGACGUUCUCGAUGCGCCGACCCUUGCGACGGGUGGUAAUCAGUUGUCGACGCCGCCUUCGUGGGCACGCUCGACCGUGUCGACCUUCGGCGUGCGGUACGCCCCGCCGUUGCCGAACUUAACGGCAGAGCAAGCUGUCGAGGCCAUGGUCGAGGGUAGUGAGAUGUCCACGUUGAAAGAAGGCGAUCCGAAGACGCCUGAGUACGCAUGGAUGCGCCGCGAAGGACGACGAAAGCGCUUCGAGGACAAACGCGUCGGCGGUACCGUGGUCGUGCACUACAUCAAGAAGCACAUGUGGUUUUUGGAGGCCGCUAUCGCCCUAUUAGAAGGAGACGAGUACUCGGAUGCGGAGAAGUUCCAGAGGACAGAGACACAGGUCCCGGGAAGCAGUUGGAGCAGUAUACACCGUCGGAGGUCAAGAUAACGCUAUUGACGCUGUUGUUGCUUGGGCAUGAACUUCAGCGUAGGAGUGCUAGUUGGGGGGGGG